AUGGCGACCGGUGCGGAUCUUGACAUCGUUGAGGGAACUCAGCGCCCUGCCGGUGCCACAGUCGACCCCGAGAAAAACCGGUCUGCUGAAAAGACCGAGCCCCCACAUUACGCCGAUGAUGCCGAGUCCUUGUCCGGCCCCAACGGCGAGGUCUAUCCUACCGCCGAGGAAACGGAGACUCUUCGCCAUGUUCAUGGAAAAGUGAAUUGGCUAAUCUACACGAUUGGUAUCGUUGAGAUGGCGGAGCGUUUCGCGUACUACGGUACCACCGCCGUCUUCGUCAACUUCAUUGCCAUGCCCCUCCCCGAGGGCUCGACGACUGGCGCCGCUGGCACCGACGGGCAAGCUGGCGCCCUGGGCCUCGGCCAGCAAGUCUCCUUCUCCGUCGUCAUGUUCAAUACGUUCUGGUCAUAUUUCAUGCCUCUUCUCGGUGGGUAUCUGGCGGACACUUAUUGGGGCCGUUACCUGACCAUCCAAUAUGCCAUCGUCAUUGCAAUUAUUGGUCACAUUAUCAUCGUCGUCGCCGCCAUUCCCAGUGUCAUAAGCCAUCCAAAUGGCGCUCUCGGAUGUUUCAUUGUGGGCCUGCUAUUCUUCGGCGCGGGUGUCGGCUGGUUCAAGGCCAACAUUUCCCCGCUUGUCGCCGAGCAGUACGAGUUGACCCAGCCUCGCGCGACUGUCGAAACGCUCCCGUCUGGCGAGCGUGUAAUCGUGGAUCCCGUGAUGACCAUCUCUCGCGUCUACAUGCGCUACUACUUCCUCAUCAACGUCGGUGCUUUGACAGGUCAGAUCUCCAUGGUCUACGCCGAGAAGUACGUCGGCUUCUGGCUCGCUUACCUACUGCCGACCAUUCUUUUCUUCCUCUGCCCAAUUAUCAUGCUCAUCUGCCGCAACAAGUACGCGAAACGCCCCCCGACCGGUUCCGUCCUCGGCAAGUCUAUCGCCCUAGUGACCUACGGCAUUAAGAAGAACGGCAUUGGCGCCUUCAACAAGGAUUACUUCUGGGACAGCAUCCGACCCAGUCAAGUUGCUGACAAACCUUCCUUCAUGACUUUCGACGACGCAUGGGUUGGCGAAGUUCGCCGAGGUUUGAAAGCCUGCGCAGUGUUCCUCUGGUAUCCCAUAUUCUGGCUCGCCUACAACCAAAUGAAUUCGAACCUCGUAAACCAAGCAGGAAGUAUGAGGCUAGGUGGCGUGCCAAAUGACGUCGUAUCGAACUUGAAUCCUUUCGCGCUGCUCAUUCUCAUUCCUGUCUGUGAUAAGUUCGUAUACCCGGCCAUUGCCAAGACUGGGUUCCGCUUCACUCCCAUCAGAAAGAUCACCCUCGGCUUCUUCAUUGCCGCUCUCUCCAUGGCCAUAGCCGCCAUUAUCCAGCACUUCAUCUACGUGCGGUCUCCAUGCGGUUACAAUGCCAACGACCGGGAUUGCUACGACGAACGCGGGCCCCCGGAUAUGAGCGUCUGGAUCCAGACGCCUGCUUACGUACUCAUCGCGCUUUCCGAAGUCAUGGCGUCUAUUACGGGUCUCGAGUACGCCUUCACCAAGGCCCCGCGGAACAUGCGAGGACUCGUUAACGGCGUCUUCUGGUUCGUGCACGCCUUUUCCAGUGCGAUCGCCCAGGCCUUUACUGGUCUCGCUAGGGAUCCGCUACUUGUUUGGCUCUACACUACCGUUGCCAUCAUCUCGACCUGCGGUGGCACGGGCUUUUGGAUUUGCUUCCGCAAGCUGGACAAGGAGGAGGAUGCCCUUAAUGCUCUGCCGGAGUCGACAUAUAUCGGCCGGAACGUGGAAAAGGAACUGGAGAACAAGUCGGUUGCGUAG